GGGGAAAGAAAGUGGCUGGGAGGGAAAGCGACUAUCGUAGUGACUGGAUCAGUCCGAACAAUGACAAAUUAUUUUCUCUCGCUUCUGCCGAGGACCCCCGGUACCGAUCGUUCAAUCGAUCGACUACGAGCGGUGUACACCGACCUUCUCUGGCAUAUUGACCUGGACAAUAGCAGCCUCGGGGAUCGAAGGGGGAUCGAUGACAAGGAUGUGGAAUGCCAUAAAAAAUCGACGAGAUUUUCCUUCCGACGAAACCUCACACCAUCCAAAGACAAGACGCGCAAGAGCAGCAGAAAUCCUAUUCCCGACGACAACAGAAAUGGAAGUUCCGAAAAAAACCAAGAAGAAACAAGGGAUGCUCCGAACAGCCAGCAUUUAUUAGGAAAUCCCACCAGCAACUCCUUCAGUGUAAAGAAUGAAAGUUUCAAUAGCAACAACAACAGCCACGUGGAUUUGGCAACGGCGUUUCGGAUACUUGCAGCAACCAAAUCUCCCGAUAAGGAAGGAGACAACUACGGAGCUGUAGCUAUCCGAGAGGAUUCUUCUGUGUGUGGAAUACAAAGAGCCAAAGCGCUGGAAAGACGAGUUUGUGAAUUGAUACAACAAAUCGGAGAAAUUGUAGUUGCUGCAGGGGGCAAAGAUGGAGAGAGUCGCAAUUUCGUUGGUCAUGGACCUGGUGGCCGUCGGAGCAAUCGGGAAGGUACAUUGUCGGUUCGAACAGAUCCAGUUUUUGAAUAUUUUUGUGAAAAGUGCAUCCUUUCCCUCUUUGUUGAUAUUGCAAGAGAAGUCCGCCAAGGAAAAACAAACUCUGACUCUUUCGGUUCGUCAGAACCUGCAAAGGCCUUAUCUUCUGUAUCGGUACAUGGUGUUGUUUGGAGCGGGGUGGUAAAGGCACAAGUGUACGAAACUGUUUCGUUGCUUGUGUCUGAUGUACGCAACCAAUCAAUUGUAUACUACCUUUUGUCGAACAACUACAUCAACGAACUCAUCAAGUGCAUCAUGCCCUUACAACAGUGGACCGAACCAGCUAUAUCGAAGAUGUUGCCGGCCUAUGUUGAUCUGCUGAAAAAUUUAACAUUGCAACUUGCUGAUGAUCCCCAUCUGUUCCCGUUUUUGACAAUCGAAAAUACCAGUGGUGUGGAUGACGAUGACGAUGAAGGUGACUCAUCACAAAGUAUCGAGUUUCCCCUUUUCUCAGCUGCUUUGGAAACUGCGACCAGUGUUUACGCUCAGUCCAAUUCGCAAAUUUAUGCUACUUGCUUGGCUAUCAUUGUAAACUUGAUGCACGUGCCGCACUUACCAAUCCAAACAUGGAUUUGUCAAUCCAGUGUUUCGCAAAGAAUCCUUGCUGAUCAUCUUUGCCAACGCCUCCUGGAUCGUUAUCACAGAAUGACCAACCUCACAAGAGGACCGGUUGUUGAUGGGCCCCGACACAACGCCAUUGUCAAUCAAUUAGUAAACCUGAAAGAUGAAAUGGGGAUGGUCCAUGAGAUAUUUUGGAGUGGUGUGCGAGGUAUGGACGUCCGCCUGUGCGAAUCUCUACUUCAAAGAUUAGUUUCUGUGUUGUUGAAGAGCCUCUCGCAAUCGCCACCAGCCCGCCCAUUCUUGACCGUCGGGUUGAUCGAUCUUGAUGUGAUCCCAGAACAGGAAGCAAGUGCACAAGUCGCAACACUCUUUUUUUCGUAUAUGUUUUCCAACCUGGUGUAUAUACCCUUCCAGCGAAUGCUGGCGGUUGCUCUGUUCCAUCCAAACUCGACACCCAUUUGGUCAACAGCGGCUUCAAUACCGACGUCGAAAACUAAGACAAUAGAUUUCGAACCAUCCGACGCAUACGUAUUCAUGCCAGCAUUGAGCGACAUAGUAAACGAAGAGAAAUCGAGAAAGACCUGUCCCAAUCCAUUUCGUCAUGAAAUGCUGAAAACCUUGGAAGGAGAUUACGGAGAAUGGAGGACAGCCGCUGUAGCAUGUUUGCUACAGAGUGUACUUGAUACAGAUGAAACUGAUACAGAUACUAUGAUAAUGUCAGGGGUGAUUACAGGUGAUAAUUCGACGUCAUCGCUUGAGCAUUCGAUCGCCAAGUUUUUCGUUCGAUCCCACAAGCCUUCAGCGAUCACGGUUCGAGCUUUGGAGUGCAUGGGGCGCUUGGGUUUAUUGAUUUUACAUCGCAAUGCGAUGAAUCUCAUUCGGGACGGAAAAAAUACCAAAGAACAGAUCAAGAACUCCCUCUCAAAUUCACCAAUCUGGAUUGCGUUGACAAAUACUCGCGAUGAUUUUUGCAAGCAAGCUCUGGCGUUUCGAGACGUCACUGGAGUUAGUGAUAUCUUUUUAGAUUUAACUGAGGCAGUAAUCAAGAAUAGAUACACUGGCCGUUACGACGAGAAUGGCACGGCAACUUUCACUUGCCACCUGUCGAGACGCGGAUCUUUUCAGAAUAUGAUGGACGCCGACUUCUUGGUCCGACGGAGCAGAUGCGUAAGCGCAAACGAUGUGGAGACAACUCGAUUCUACAUCAACAUGGGCAUUCACUUUCGCAUCUUGUGCAAUGUUAUGGACCGUUUGUGCCUAGACAUCGAGGUGGAUGAUGAAAGCUCUUCAGUUUCAAAAGAAGCGAACGAAGACCUACAUCUGGAUUUCACAGAUACCGCAGAUCCACUUACGAGAACAAUUGGAGGAUUGUCGGACAAGCUAAAAGUUGGUUCCGACUUGGAUCUUACCGGAAGAAUGUUCUUUAAGUUUCAAUCAGCUGUGAAUCCUGACUUGACACAGAGUUUCGCAGAUAUCAUUUUAAAUGAUGGCUCACCCGAAGACUCAAUCAAUGCAACUCAUCCUACAGCUCAGCUCAUGCUGGUGCUCGAUCCGACAGAGAUAUUAAUAGUGAAACCACUCGUCAAGAAAAUGGAAGAAAACAGGGGAACAGUGUUGUGUGGUAUUUCUCUACGAAAUAUUAUAGCCGCCGCUGUCGAUGGAACAUGGCUUCAUAUAGCCAUUCGAAACCCGGAAAACAUCAAAAGUCCAACGUUGAUAAAGAACGGCAACAUGGCAAUGCAGUUUGACAGCUCUGGAACUUGUCUCAUUGUAAAGCAAUAUUUUGACCGAUCACGCGAAGUGUUGCGCCAAGAUUUACUAAGCAAAGUACCCGAUUUGUUGCAUUCUGGGCCGAACAAGACUUCUGAAGACGAAUGCCGCUGUUGAGUAGAUGAUGAAAUAACUAUCUAGUUGUUAG